GGAGGCAGCCCGAGCCUGAAACGGGCGUGAGGCUUUCGACUGAGCACGGGUCCUGCCUCCCAGGUCAUCCGCAGAAAGAGCAGGGGCUGUGAGCACUGUUUGUAGUGCCUGGAGGAAAGGGGCUGAGCAGGGCAUGCGUGCUAAACAUGGAGGAGGAUGAAGAGGAAGAUUACAUGUCUGACUUAUUUAUUAAAGGUUAUUAAUUCUUAGGCAGGAUGUGAGGCCAGGCUUGCCCAUGGUGCGCCGGGUGAAAGAAGCUAUUCAGAAGGAAGAAAAGCAAAAAGAAGCCAACGAGAGAAACAGACAGAAGAGCGUGAAAGAAGAAGAAAAAGAGCGACGUGACUUGGUGUUGAAGAGUGCAUUGGGCAACGAGAACAAAGGCUUUGCUCUGCUGCAGAAGAUGGGCUACAAGAGUGGCCAGGCCCUUGGCAAAAGUGGAGAAGGCAUUGUUGAACCUAUUCCUCUGAACAUAAAAACAGGCAGAAGUGGGCUUGGUCAUGAGGAAUUCAAAAAGCGAAAAGCUGAAGAAAAACUAGAAAACUAUAGACAAAAACUCCAUAUGAAAAAACAAGCAAACGAACAAGCUGCAGAUCAAUUCAGAGUAAGGUUCAAAAACAAACAAGAAGAACGUAAGAUGGAAGGAGACCUUCGAAAAAGCCAGAGGGCCUGCCAGCAAUUAGAUAUGCAAAAAGAUAUUGAUGUUCCCAAGGAGACUUGGUAUUGGCUAGAACCUGAAGAGGAAGACAAGAAGGAUGAAGAAGACAAGGACGAUGAAUGCACAAGCUCAGAUUUAAGUGUAUUAGAAAAGCUACAACUCCUGACUGCAUAUUUACGACAAGAACACUUUUAUUGCAUUUGGUGUGGAACGACCUAUGAAGAUGCUGAAGAUUUGUCUACAAAUUGCCCUGGAGACAGUGCUGCAGAUCAUGAUUAAAGCCUUUCUAAAGCAAGGAGUUCUAGGUAAAUGUUUGCUGUUCUGGUCUGCAGCCAGUGGGAGUGAAUGGUGAUGUGACCAUUUUGGCCAGCAAGCUCCUCAAUGGCAGGAAGGCUGAACACCAUGGAAGAGACACGUCCUAAGUCUUGCUCUUGCUUCUGAUAUAUUAUGGAAUUCCGUAAGUUUGAAUCAAACUGGAUUUAAGCACAAUUUGGAAGACUCUUAAAAUGGUGUUUACUGAGUAUGAGCUUUAAGUGAGUUGUCUUUAUCAACACUCUUCAAAAGCUCAAGUAUUUCAGAUGCACGGAGUCUUUUUGAGGCAUCAUUUGAAAGCAUGCUUUUGAUUAUGGGUACCUGCAAAAAAAAUUAAACUUGAAUUAUUUUUUUAUGAAUAAAUAAAUAAACUAACUGAAAUAAUGUAUUCUAAUACUGUACCUGUGAUUUAAAUCGCUCAGUGAAGCCCUCUGGAAAUCUACCUUCUCUUACAUCAUGCCAUACCUGAAAUUCAUAUGAGAUAAACAGUUUCAGUAUGCUUUUAUUCAUUAUAAUUUGUAUCUCAUUUCACAACCCAUAUAAUUUACAGAAGUAAUUAGUAGAAUACAAAUCUACAAAAAAGGUAAGGCUGCAAAAAGAAACUAUAGAAGUUUGAAAAAUUCUUAUUUAGUUGAACUUUGUUUUGCUUUUAUGGUCUUUUUUGUAAACUGUUGUCCCUUCUUAAGCUUAAAAGCUUCACAAAAUACAAUGAUCUGUUUGUUUCGGCAAACCUCUCUACUUAAUAACCAUUAUCCUUCUGUCCUCAAAUAAUAAUAAUUAAAAAAACAAACAACACA